UUAGAGCGCCCCAGAGUGUAGACCUAAAAAGGGAAGGGAACAGUCGGUGGCCGGCGUAUUUAGGAUUUAAACGUAAAUAAUUCGGCCAUAAGAGCGACUGACAGCAGAGGUCUUUGGGAUAUCGCCUUCGGAGACUUUCCGGUCACCGUUGGCGGCCUGACCAGAGCCGUGGUGACAAUUUAACGGCUGUUCCUGCUCACAAAGCGGCGUGCCGAGGAAGGACGCGUCUCUUUGAAUAGACAGGAUGCAUGGACCGCCCUCCGGCGACAGCGCAUGCCCAUUGCGCACGGUCAAGAGAGUUCAGUUCGGCAUCAUCAGCCCAGAUGAGCUUAAACGGAUGUCCGUUACAGAAGGGGGGAUUAAAUACCCCGAAACAACAGAAGGAGGACGUCCUAAACUGGGUGGCCUCAUGGACCCAAGACAAGGCGUCAUCGAGAGAACUGGAAGAUGUCAGACAUGUGCAGGCAACAUGACAGAAUGUCCAGGCCACUUUGGGCACAUAGAACUGGCAAAGCCAGUUUUCCACGUCAGCUUCAUAGCCAAGAUAAUGAAGGUUCUCCGAUGUGUCUGCUUCUUUUGCUCCAAGCUAUUAGUGGAUUCGAAUAAUCCAAAAAUCAAAGACAUCCUGAUAAAAUCUAAAGGGCAGCCCAGAAAGCGCAUGACACAUGUGUACGAGCUGUGCAAAGGAAAAAAUAUAUGUGAAGGAGGUGAGGAAAUGGACAACAAAUUCGGAAUGGAGCAGCAGGAGACGGAGGAGGACAUUACCAAGGAGAAGGGUCACGGCGGCUGUGGGCGCUACCAGCCACGUAUCCGACGCUCUGGCCUGGAGCUGUAUGCCGAGUGGAAGCACGUCAACGAGGACUCGCAGGAGAAGAAAAUCCUCCUGAGUCCCGAGCGCAUACACGAGAUCUUCAAGCGCAUCUCAGAUGAAGAGGACGUCAUCUUGGGCAUGGAACCCAAGUUCGCCCGGCCCGAAUGGAUGAUUGUGACUGUGUUGCCUGUGCCUCCACUGGCUGUGAGGCCUGCUGUAGUCAUGCAGGGAUCCGCUCGCAACCAGGACGACUUGACCCACAAGCUGGCUGAUAUUGUUAAGAUCAACAACCAACUGAGACGAAACGAGCAGAGCGGAGCCGCAGCUCACGUCAUCGCUGAGGAUGUGAAGCUGCUUCAGUUUCAUGUAGCCACAAUGGUGGACAAUGAAUUGCCAGGCCUGCCACGGGCAAUGCAAAAAUCUGGCCGCCCUCUCAAAUCCAUAAAACAACGUUUAAAGGGGAAGGAGGGUCGCGUCCGAGGUAACCUCAUGGGCAAGCGUGUGGACUUCUCCGCCCGAACUGUCAUCACCCCAGACCCCAAUCUGCAAAUCGACCAAGUGGGCGUACCGCGAUCCAUCGCGGCCAAUAUGACCUUCCCGGAAAUUGUCACACCCUUUAACAUCGACAGACUGCAAGAGUUGGUACGAAGAGGCAACAGCCAGUACCCAGGAGCCAAAUACAUCGUCCGUGACAAUGGAGACAGAAUUGACCUGCGCUUCCAUCCCAAGCCAAGUGACCUCCAUCUGCAGAUUGGUUACAAGGUGGAGAGACACAUGUGUGAUGGGGACAUCAUUAUCUUCAACCGACAGCCUACACUACAUAAAAUGUCCAUGAUGGGGCACAGGGUGCGGAUUCUGCCCUGGUCCACGUUUCGACUCAACCUCAGUGUCACCACCCCAUACAAUGCUGACUUUGACGGGGAUGAGAUGAACCUCCACCUGCCUCAGUCCCUUGAGACGAGGGCGGAGAUUCAGGAGCUGGCCAUGGUGCCGCGUAUGAUUGUUACACCCCAGUCCAACCGGCCCGUCAUGGGUAUCGUGCAGGACACCCUCACCGCUGUGCGCAAAUUCACCAAGAGAGACGUCUUCUUAGAACGGGGGGAAGUCAUGAACCUCCUCAUGUUCCUCUCCACCUGGGACGGGAAAAUGCCUCAGCCGGCCAUCAUCAAGCCACGUCCUCUGUGGACGGGCAAGCAGAUCUUCAGCCUCAUCAUUCCCGGACACAUCAACGUCAUCCGCACACACAGCACCCACCCGGAUGACGAAGACAGCGGUCCUUACAAACACAUCUCACCCGGCGACACCAAGGUCAUAGUGGAGAAUGGGGAGUUGAUCAUGGGCAUCCUGUGCAAGAAGUCUCUCGGGACCUCAGCCGGUUCCCUGGUCCACAUCUCCUACCUGGAGAUGGGCCACGACGUCACCAGACUCUUCUACUCCAACAUUCAGACUGUGGUCAACAACUGGCUGCUCAUCGAGGGUCAUUCCAUUGGUAUUGGUGACUCCAUUGCUGAUGCCAAAACUUACCUUGACAUCCAGAACACCAUCAAGAAAGCCAAACAGGAUGUGAUAGAAGUCAUCGAGAAAGCCCACAACAACGAGCUGGAGCCGACUCCCGGUAACACGCUGAGGCAGACCUUUGAGAACCAGGUGAAUCGUAUCCUCAACGACGCUCGUGACAAAACGGGAUCCUCUGCACAGAAGUCUCUGUCAGAAUACAACAACUUCAAGUCCAUGGUGGUGGCCGGGUCCAAGGGUUCAAAGAUUAACAUCUCACAGGUUAUUGCUGUGGUGGGGCAACAGAACGUGGAGGGUAAAAGAAUCCCCUUUGGCUUCAAGCACCGCACGCUGCCUCACUUCAUUAAAGAUGACUACGGUCCUGAGAGCAGAGGCUUUGUGGAGAACUCCUACCUGGCUGGCUUGACUCCAACCGAGUUCUUCUUCCACGCCAUGGGAGGUCGAGAGGGUCUGAUCGACACAGCUGUGAAGACUGCUGAGACAGGUUACAUCCAGCGUCGUCUGAUCAAGUCUAUGGAGUCUGUGAUGGUGAAGUACGACGGCACGGUGCGUAACUCCAUCAACCAGGUGGUCCAGCUGCGCUACGGCGAGGACGGCCUGGCAGGAGAGAAUGUGGAGUUCCAAAAUCUGGCAACGCUCAAACCCUCACACAAGGCCUUUGAGAAGAAGUUCAGAUUCGACUGCACCAACGAGCGCGCACUGAGGCGGAUGCUGCAAGAGGACGUGGUCAAGGACGUUCUGACCAAUGCCCACGUGCAGAGUUCCCUGGAGAGGGAGUACGACAAGAUGAAGGAGGACAGGGAUAUCCUCCGAGCCAUUUUCCCCACUGGGGACAGUAAGGUGGUGCUGCCAUGCAACCUGGCCAGAAUGAUCUGGAACGCUCAGAAGAUCUUCCGCAUUAACGCUCGGACCCCAACAGACCUGAAUCCCCUAAGGGUGGUCGAGGGCGUUCAGGAGUUGAGCAAGAAGCUGGUGAUUGUGAACGGCGAAGACCCGCUAAGCAGACAGGCCCAGCAGAACGCCACUCUGCUCUUCAACAUCCACCUGCGCUCCACGCUCUGCUCCAGGCGCAUGACGGAGGAGUUCCGUCUCUCCACCGAGGCCUUCGACUGGCUGCUGGGAGAGAUCGAGACCAAGUUCAACCAGUCCAUUGCCCACCCUGGUGAAAUGGUCGGCGCUCUGGCUGCUCAGUCGCUGGGAGAGCCGGCCACUCAGAUGACCCUGAACACUUUCCACUACGCCGGUGUGUCGGCCAAGAACGUAACGCUCGGUGUGCCUCGUCUCAAGGAGUUGAUCAACAUCUCCAAGAGGCCCAAGACGCCCUCGCUGACUGUUUUCCUGCUGGGCCAGGCAGCACGUGACGCCGAGAGGGCCAAAGACAUCCUCUGUCGACUGGAGCACACCACACUGAGAAAAGUAACAGCCAACACUGCCAUCUACUACGACCCCAACCCCCAGAACACGGUGGUGGCCGAGGACCAGGAGUGGGUGAAUGUCUACUACGAGAUGCCCGACUUUGAUGUGACGCGCAUUUCACCGUGGCUGUUGCGCAUCGAGCUCGACCGCAAGCACAUGACCGAUCGCAAGCUGACUAUGGAGCAGAUUGCAGAGAAGAUUAACACCGGUUUUGGAGACGAUCUGAACUGUAUCUUCAAUGAUGACAACGCCGAGAAGCUCGUUCUGCGAAUCAGAAUCAUGAACAGCGAUGAGAACAAGUUCCAAGGCGACGAGGAGGUGGUGGACAAAAUGGACGACGACGUGUUCUUGAGAUGCAUCGAGUCCAACAUGCUGACGGACAUGACGCUACAGGGCAUCGAGCAGAUCAGCAAGGUGUACAUGCACUUGCCGCAGACGGACAAUAAGAAGAAGAUCAUCAUCACAGAGGACGGCGAGUUCAAGGCCCUGCAGGAGUGGAUCCUUGAGACAGACGGAGUGAGUCUCAUGAGAGUGCUCAGCGAGAAGGACGUGGAUCCCGUCAGAACCACCUCCAACGACAUUGUGGAGAUCUUCACGGUCCUGGGAAUUGAGGCUGUGCGAAAGGCUCUGGAGAGGGAGUUGUACCACGUCAUCUCCUUCGACGGUUCCUACGUCAACUACCGCCACUUGGCGCUGCUCUGUGACACCAUGACAUGCCGUGGUCACCUGAUGGCCAUCACACGUCACGGCAUCAACCGUCAAGACACGGGCCCACUCAUGAAGUGUUCCUUCGAGGAGACGGUGGAUGUGUUGAUGGAGGCAUCGUCCCACGGUGAAAGUGACCCCAUGAAGGGCGUGUCGGAGAACAUCAUGCUCGGCCAGCUCGCCCCGGCCGGUACAGGCUGCUUUGAUUUACUGUUGGAUGCGGAGAAGUGUAAAUACGGCAUGGAGAUCCCUACAAACAUACCUGGCAUCAGCGUGGCUGGACCCACCGGAAUGUUCUUUGGCACCGUGCCGAGCCCCAUGAGUGGCAUGUCACCCGCCAUGACACCGUGGAACACUGGAGCCACGCCGGCCUACGGCGCAUGGUCUCCAAGCAUCGGAAGCGGCAUGACCCCCGGAGCAGCAGGUUUCUCUCCCAGUGCAGCAUCAGACGCAAGCGGCUUCUCGCCGGGCUACUCCCCAGCCUGGUCCCCGACUCCUGGGUCUCCAGGAUCUCCGGGACCUGCCAGCCCGUACAUCCCGUCUCCAGGUGGAGCCAUGUCACCCAACUACUCACCCACCUCCCCGGCCUACGAGCCUCGCUCCCCUGGAGGCUACACCCCUCAGAGCCCCGGCUACUCCCCAACAUCGCCGUCCUACUCCCCUACCUCUCCCUCUUAUUCCCCCACAAGCCCCAACUACAGCCCGACGUCUCCUUCCUACUCUCCCACUUCGCCCAGCUACUCCCCAACGUCUCCUUCCUAUUCGCCCACAUCUCCUUCUUAUUCCCCCACCUCCCCGUCCUACUCCCCCACCUCCCCUUCCUACUCCCCCACCUCCCCUUCCUACUCCCCCACCUCCCCGUCCUACUCUCCGACCUCGCCGAGCUACAGCCCGACGUCGCCCAGUUACUCUCCCACCUCGCCCUCCUACUCACCCACCUCGCCUUCAUAUUCUCCCACGUCUCCGUCUUACUCUCCCACCUCCCCGUCAUAUUCCCCCACCUCUCCUUCCUACUCGCCGACCAGUCCGAGCUACAGCCCCACAUCACCAAACUACACUCCCACCUCUCCCAGUUACUCCCCCACCUCCCCCUCCUACUCCCCAACGUCUCCCUCUUACUCUCCAACCUCCCCCAACUACACCCCGACCAGCCCCAACUACUCUCCCACCUCUCCGUCGUACUCCCCGACAUCUCCCUCUUACUCCCCGUCCAGUCCACGCUACACCCCCCAGUCACCCACCUACACGCCCAGCUCGCCCUCAUACAGCCCCAGCUCGCCCUCCUACUCCCCAACCUCCCCCAAAUACACCCCGACUUCCCCCUCAUACAGCCCAAGCUCCCCGGAGUACACUCCCACCUCGCCCAAGUACUCCCCCACAUCUCCAAAGUACUCCCCAACGUCACCGAAGUAUUCCCCCACUUCUCCCACCUACUCCCCAACAACACCCAAAUACAGCCCCACCUCUCCCACCUACUCCCCCACCUCCCCCACCUACACCCCCACCAGCCCCAAAUACUCCCCCACCUCCCCGACCUACUCCCCGACCUCACCCAAGUAUUCACCCACAUCUCCUACGUACUCGCCAACUAGUCCGAAAGGCUCCACGUACAGCCCCACCUCCCCUGGAUACAGCCCCACCUCACCCACCUACAGCCCGGCCAUCAGCCCCGACGACAGCGACGAGGAGAACAACUGAGGAGCCGCGGCGGAGAAGGAGAGGCGCCUGAAGAAACCCCGUCACCUCGCGGUGGACACCUGAAGGACGGCACCUUUAAAUAGCUGGGGGUGGCGGUGUUUUUAGCCACAGGGGUCCCGAUUGUGAUCAUUUGUCUUUGGGGAAAUCUCCACUUUGGGGACCUCUGACUUGACAGUCUGAGGGAGUUGUCCCACCUUUUACCCCCCCCCCCCCCAAAAAAAACCCAGUUAAAACUAUUACGUGAAAGACUUGAACUGCUUUGCCUGAAGGAAAAAAGGCUGCCUUUUGAAAUAGUUUUUUAAUUUUCACACGUGGUCGAAGCAAAACUGCGAAAUCCCCAAGAGGGGACGAAAAGGAGAGGAAGAUGUGGUGACCACAUGAGGGGGGGAGGGGGAAACAUCCCUUUUUAACUUUAUAGUGUAUAACAUCCAGUCUCUCGUUCGUUCUCUUAACGUUGGGUGCAUAGUUGUUCCUGGAAAGCGUACAUUUUGCCAAAAGCCUUUUCAAAAAGCUAAGUGGAUUGUAUCCAUCACUAAAGCAUAAGCUCUAAUGGAAAUCAAGGAGGUUGUUUACUGCACAUUUCACCGAGGUGUAUCUUGUUUAGACCUCGCCGCUUUUGUAAAAGAACAGUUGCUGCCAGUUUUGGGGGGCCAUUUUGUGAAUGAAAUACAAUGGAACUUUAGGUGUUUGAUGUAUUCAAUUUGCUGGCUCGACUUUUCUAACGAAGAGAGUUGGAUGAUCAGCAUAGAUGUAUACAUGUCGGGGGAGAGAAACUGGCUCGCAAAGGAAAGGAAAUUUCACUCUGAACACCAUUGACUACAUUAGGUGUGUGUACCCAUCGUCCUCCCCUCUUCCUCCUUCACACCCCCAAAGACAAAAAAACCUGAAAGAUGUCAUGAAAGCACCCACCAGCAUCAUCUUGUCCUCUCCCAUUUUGGAGACUUGUGCAUCAAAAGCAAAAAAAAAAAACAUAAAAAAACUUUUCCAGAUACUAUUCUUCCCUCGACAUUGGGAAUUUAAAGAUUUAUAUGAAAAAAGAAAAAAAACAAUGGGUCAGAAUUAUUAUUCUGUCUUUAAUUUUGAUUCUCGAAGGAGAAGGGACGCACGUGGACGAGGGAUACUAGUUUGGCGUCGCUGCUUUUCGUCAUUGUUUGCAUGAGUAGCACAUGUUAAUACAUUUUAAUCAAGCUUUAGGUUGAAACAUUUUUUUUCGGAUCCCUUCCCUUCCUUCUCGCUAAUCUUCGUCCCCUUUCUACUAGUUGACGUGUACACAGGUUCAUUUGGACUAUUCAGUUUAUUUAAGAAAGAAAUUGAACUAUUAUCUGUGAAUAUGAAUAGAUGGAAAAUUAAGAAUUCUUUUUUUUUUUUUUUUUUUUCUGGGGGUGGGGGGGGACUUUUCUCUUGUUUGCUUUCGGUGACUUUGUGAAAAUGUUUGCAAGGAGUCUCAUGUUCAGAUGCUGUGGAUGAAGGGGCAGGCGACCCCCGCCCCAUUAUCCACAACGGUCCAGUUCAGAUCUUUUUGCCGUCAUGGCAACAACUCCUUUCACUUACGGUCGUACGAAAGUUUGCAUGCCGUCGCCAGGUUGUGGCGUCGCUUUAAACGAAGAAGGGCAAAGAAAGUUCUGUGCUCCUUUUGGCGUUUUCGCGGGGGACAACAUUUGACCCGUUGGUCUUCUUUUUUUUCCUUCACAACAUAAUUUAACAGUUUAAUAUUCUUUUAAGCAGAGAUCGUCCAAAGAAACAGCACUUUUGGCCUCUCUAUUAAAAAAAAACAACAUAACCUUACCCACUACAUUAGUGUGAACUUUCUUUUUGAAUAUGGAUGCUCUCUCACAUGACUCGACCGCGCUAAGGAAGCGUCUGUACGCUUGGUGACAAUGGAAACAUUUAGUUCCCCUUUCCCUCCUCGUUCCAUUUGAUCAUUCAAUGCGAGUUCAGAAUUUUUUUUCUUUUCUUUUUGUGUGUGGGUAAGCUGGGUCUCCUCCCUCUUCAUCCACAAGUCGUCUUCAUUUCUGAAAUCAGUGUUUCUUUUUUUCCUUUUCCUCCAGUGUAUGUACCUGUGAUGAGGAGAAUCAUGGGGCGGCUGGGGAUGUAUUGGAUCAGACUGGGAGUCCUGAGGAAAUAAAAUCCAGGAAUUUUUUUCGGGGGCGGGAUCUGAAAGUGUUUGAGCGAUUAGUCUAAUCUCGUGAAACAGACUGGACUGCGUCUUCUGGCCUUUUGAGAUAAACGCAGGUUUGGGUAACUGCACUUAGUUCAUGUUGUGGCGGAGCGUGUUGCUUUCCCAUUAAGCCACUUCACGGUCACAUUUUGUCCACUAUGCUCGCAUCCAAUCCUGCGGUCUCAACUGUAGGUCAGUUCAGGACGUCGGGACUCCCGGGCUGAAUGAAUGAUUGAAAGUGUAUGUGUGCGCGCGCAGUAAGUGUGUCCCCCGGAGGCGAGACAGGGUUUCAAGCAGAGGGAAAGACUCCACGUCUGGGCAGAGGAAGGUUUAACUUAAAAUUGCCACUGUAUAGAAAUUGAUUCAUUAUCUCAUUCUCUGUAUCUUUGUUCUGUUUGUUUUUUGACUUGGAAAAAAAUAAUAAAAGUUUUACUACA